CCAGGAAGUGAAAAAAGGCGUCAAAUAAGGAGGAACAAGGGAAACAAGUCCUCCUCACAUCUGUCCCUUUCCCUCAUUAAUCCCUUAAUCACAUUAAUGUUUUAGACUGUCGUGGAACGCAGCUGUAUGAUGUCCAUUAGAGCGCGAAACAGAGAGAUCUGCGCGGACUGCAGCGCGCCCGAUUCUCGUUGGGCCUCGAUCAAUCGUGGAGUUCUGAUCUGUGACGAAUGCUGCAGUAUUCACCGAGGCCUGGGCCGCCACAGUUCUCAGGUCCGACACCUGACCCAAACUCUAUGGCCCUCCUCACAGCUCCAGAUGGUGAAGUCCCUGUACAAUAAUGGAGCAAAUUCAAUCUGGGAACACAGUCUUCUGGAUCCAUCUUCCAUCAUGAGUGGAAAACGCAAAGCCAAUCCUCAAGACAGAGUCCACCCCAACAAAACGGAUUUCAUAAAGGCUAAAUAUCAAAUGCUGGCGUUUGUUCAUCGAAUGCCGUGCCGUGAAGAUGAUAGUGUUACUGCCAAAGACCUCAGCAAGCAACUUCACUCUAGUGUUCGAACCGGCAAUUUGGAAACUUGUCUGAGGCUGUUGUCGUUGGGAGCGCAGGCUAACUUUUUCCAUCCAGAGAAAGGAAAUACUCCAUUACAUGUGGCUGCUAAAGCAGGCCAGCUGCUACAGGCGGAGCUGCUCACUGUGUAUGGAGCAGAUCCCGGAGCACCAGACAGUUCUGGGAAGAAUCCUAUUGACUACGCCAGGCAGGCAGGACACCAGGAACUUGCAGACAGACUGGUGGAGAUCCAGUUUGAGCUGACAGACAGACUAGCGUUCUAUCUGUGUGGAAGAAAGCCAGAUCAUAAAAAUAGUCAACACUUUAUAAUUCCUCAAAUAGCAGACAGAAAUGUCAGUCUUGACUUGUCAGAAUUGGCCAAAGCAGCAAAGAAGAAGCUUCAAUCGCUCAGUAAUCAUCAGUUUGAAGAACUAGCCAUGGAUGUUUAUGAUGAAGUUGACAGAAGAGAAACGGAUGCAGUCUGGCUUGCGACUCAGAACCACAGCACCUUGGUAACGGACACCACAGUAGUACCAUUCCUCCCUGUAAACCCUGAAUAUUCCUCCACUAGGAAUCAGGGACGUCAGAAGCUCGCAAGGUUCAAUGCACAUGAGUUUGCAACGUUGGUUGUUGAUAUUUUAACUGAUGCCAAGCGCCGUCAGCAAGGAAAUUCUCCUGAUAAUUUCAAAGAUAAUGUGGAGUUAAUUCUGAAGGACAUUGGGAACCGUCAUGGCAGUGAAAGUCCAGAGAUGGAUCAGCCUGAUUAUGAUAGUGUAGCAUCUGAUGAGGAUACGGAGCAAGAACCAACAUCUGGAAAAGAUGAGCGGACCAAGAGCUCAGAGUCUUCAGACUUGUCGGACAGCCCCAUCACCGUGCAGGAGUUCAUGGAAGUGAAAAGUGCCCUCACUGCCUCCGAAGCAAAGAUCCAACAGCUCCUUAAGGUCAACUGCCAUCUUGGUGAGGAGUUGAGACUCAUGCAGAGCAAGUUGAACUCCCUCCAGAAUGAGAACAGCACUCUGAAGCCUCCUAACAGUUUGGCAAGGCCGCAGGACCUCCCGCACAGGGCACCUCCACGUGGCUGUAGGGCCAUGUCGAUGUAUGAGACCGGCUCGGGUCUGAGGCAGUACCACCCUAGAGGAGAACCCAUCUGCUGUGACACAACCCUGACUCUUCAACCACUGCCGUCAAAUAUUGGGAAGGGUCCCUCGGUGACUGCCUUCUCCUCCCUUCCCACGUUCCCCUCAACUCUGUCCUGGUCCUGGGAUGAGAUAACCCAAAGGGGAUCCACAUUAGACGCCCAGAGCGGCAUGCCAGAAAGUGACUAUGAUAAUGCACUGAACCAUGUUGAGAUGGACGAAUCUGGGUCAAUACAGAGUAACUUUUCCAGGGCGAGUGGCUGGCCGGGCGAUGUUACAGUGCCACAAUCAGAAAACCCAUCUGAGGACGAGUGCGAUUCAUCUCUACCGUGCACAGAGGACGUCAUCAGCAAAACGGAGCUGAUCACUAAAAACAUCCAGGAAUUACUCAGAGCUGCGCAAGAGAAUAAACAUGAGAGCUUUGUCCCGUGUUCAGAGAGAAUUCUUGUAGCAGUAACAGAAAUGGCUACGUUAUUCCCUAAGGUAAGCCUUGAGCCAACAAGGAAACUUUGCCUUAAAGGGGUGGAAGUUGAAUUGAGUUUCAGUGAAGACAGCCCCAUAAAGGAAUACAAGAAAGCGUUUCCCUGA